AUGCACGUUUGCUCACCGUGGCGGGUCCUGAUUGCGCUGGUUGCCCCCCGUCGCAGGUUCUCGAGCACCCUGGUGUACCUGAGCGUGGUCACGCACUUCUGGCAGCGCGCCACACACGGAAUGUUCAGGGCCAAGCAUCUGGCCACCAUGCGCAUGGUUUCCGUGGUGACAAGCUACGUCCUCAUGGAACGCUACGGGCGCCAGCGCACCUCGGCGGUCGGCCUCUUCAUCGCGGGCGUCACCUGGACGCUCGCCGCAUUCGUGCAGAACGAGGAAGACCUUGAGUACACGGUCCUGGUUGUUCUCGGUUUGUUUGCGCAAGCCAUAGGGCACUCCGUGCUGUCCGUGAUGAACGUGGAGCUGUUUCCGCAGCUCGUGCUAACAUUCGCCUACUGCUGGGGCGAGGCAUCCAACGUGCUCGGCGCGCUCAGUUCACCAUACAUCAUGUUGCUGGGUGGCGACGACGGGUCGUUCGUGCCGCUCGUGCUGUUCGCUGUGCUGACGCUGCUCAGCAGUGGCCUGGUGCUCACCGUGCCCGAGACGAGACGGCGGACCGCUUACGCGCGCGCCUAUGCCACGACGCUAUUCGAUGCUCCAGUAGCAUCUCGCAUAAACAACGUGAGCAACGUGGGAGACGAUGGUCCCUGACUGGCCCCCGUCCCGGCUUGCAUCGGACGUCGUUCAAUUCGUUCGGUCUCAGGGACCACGCCUAAACACCCGCCGCGCGGUUUCGUGCUUGUAGCUUUUUCUGCGGACGCCGCAGAUUUGAAGAUGCUCCAUCCGCAGCUUUUCCGAUAAACUUAUACUACAGCAAUCAAUUCGAUUUGUUAUCUCAUUUAUUUAUUUUACUUACUGGCAAGGCCCGAAGGCGUUACAGAAAGAAGUGGGGCAAAAAAAGAAAAACAAAAUGCAGUUAGAAUAUUAACAAAGGACAUUCUAUACAGUGGUCAUAAAGUUGUUUGUCUCGGUGAUGAGUGCGACAGAUGUGGAAA